AGGGUUUUCUCAGUCGAAGUUUUGUUUGAGAUCGAUCAUGGCUGGUCCAUCUAAUGCAAAAGGAUCAACUUACAUUCAAGUAGAUGUUCAUUACGAUGGAAUGUUUUCCCCCAUUCCUCAUCUUAUAUACUACCUGAAUCAAAAAACGUCAAUUACAGAUGUCGAUUUUGGUGGAAUAAAUUUCAAGGAGUUCAUUCAUGUUCUUGAGGAUGUCACAAAGGGGAAGUGUCCUGUUGUCUACUACUGUCUUGGGCAUAAGUCAAUGCGUGAUGGGUUGACACCACUGAAAAACGAUGAUGACUACAGGAGGUUUCUUGAUGCUGCACAUGGUAACGAGGGAAAGAUUAAUGUAUAUAUUGAUCACUACAACGAUUCGGUGCUUGACUGGAUAGAGGAAGAAAAGGAAGAAAAAAGUGUUGAUAGUGAAAGCUCUGAUGAAGAUAAAGACUCGGUCAUGUCUGAUGCUCUAUCUGUUGAUCAUGAACCCGAUGAAGAGGUAAUACCAUUGACUAAAUCUGAUGAUCCCUUUCUUAACUAUAUUAGUGUUGUCCCUAGAGAUGAUUUUAUUGAUGAGGAUGAUGAUUCAGAUAAUGGAACCAAAGAAGCCUCAAUUUACCCUUUUCAUGACUCAACUCAGAAAUGGGAUACAAUGCAACCCAUCCUUGGUAUGAGGUUUUGUAACCCUCAAGAACUUAAACAGCUUGUCUCAAACUAUGCAGUAGCAAAUGGUUUUAACCUUUGGUAUGAAAAAAAUGAUAAAACUAGGUUGCUAGUCAGGUGUUGUAAAACUAGUGAAGGAAAGGCAGCAUGUCCUUUUAGACUAUGGGCUACUUGGAUGAGCAGUGAAAAGUCAUUCCAAAUUAAGUCCUUACGUAAUGAGCAUAACUGUGCUAGAACCUUCAAGUUUGGGUCAGUUGUUACUUACUCAUGGAUAGGGAAACAUUUUGUUAAUGGUAUUUUAGAAAAUCCCAAAAUGAGUUGCAGGGAAAUGAGGGAUAAAGUUGGGGAAAUUUUCAAUGUGAAGGUUAGUGUUGGACAAUGCAGGAAUGCAAAGAAGUUUGCACUUAAUGAGAUCGAAGGUAGUUUGAACACACAUUAUGAAAAAUUAUGGAGUUAUGGAGCUGAGAUAUUAAGAGCUAAUCCAGGGUCAACAGUGAAAAUUGGGACGGAUACAAUGCCUGAUUCCACAAUUUAUUUUUCUAGGAUGUAUGUUUGUAUCAAAGGUGUAAAGGAUGGUUGGAUUGAAGGAUGCAGGAGGGUUAUAGGUGUAGAUGGUUGCUUUUUAAAAGGUAUUUGUAGAGGUGAGCUUCUUUCAGCUGUAGGUAGAGACGCUAACAACCAUAUUUACCCCAUUGCUUGGGCAGUAGUUGCAGUUGAGAACAAAGAAACUUGGAAGUGGUUUCUAAACUUACUACUUAAGGACAUUAACAUGGGAAAUGGGGCAGGAUUAACCCUACUUUCUGACCAACACAAGGGUCUUAUUGAGGCUGUUAAAGAAAGAGUACCAGAUGUUGAGCAUAGGCAAUGUGCUAGGCACGUCUAUGCUAAUUUCAAGAAAAAAUUUAAGGGUGCUGCAUAUAGGAAGCUUUUUUGGAGGGCUGCAAAGGCCACAACUGUGCAGAGGUCUUGUGAUGCCAUUGAGAAUGGUAUUUGUGAAUCUUUUAAUGCUACAAUUGUGCAUGCUAGGAAAAAGCCGAUUAUAACAAUGUUAGAGGAAAUUAGGAGGUUUGUGAUGGAUAGGAUGUAUUGUAAAAGAUUGAAGGGGCAGAAAUGGAAUCUAGCCAUAUGUCCAUCUAUUAGAAAGAAAAUAGUGGACAAGAGGAAACAUCUAAGGUAUUGGUAUGUAAUUCCCAGUGGAGUGCAACAAUUUGAGGUGAGGUCAGUACAUGAGGUUUAUGCUGUGUACUUGAACCAAAGAACAUGUGCAUGUAGAGGAUGGCAACUAAGCGGUAUACCAUGUAUACAUGCCAUGGCUGCUAUUAGUUAUCUAAAUGAGAAUGUGGAAGACUAUGUGGCAACUUGGUUCACAACAGAAAUGUUUGGAAAUUGCUAUAAGUAUACAAUUAAUCCUUUAAAUGGAAGUGAAAUGUGGCCAUCUUGGGAAGGUCAACCUAUGUUGCCCCCGAAACGUAAAACAUUACAUGGCAGACCUAAAGUCAACAGGAAGAAGGCUGCUUCAGAAAAAGAAGGUCGUCAUACUAUUAGCAAGAAAGGGGCUAUUACAAAAUGCAGCAUCUGUAGAGAACCAGGACACAACAAAAUAACAUGUCCACUGUCCAAAGAAGGACCAAGUACUGAAGCCAAAAAGAAGAAGGGUAAACAUGUUCCUGAUGUUGAGGAUGAGUCUGAAUUUGAGAUUGAAGAGAUGGAUGAAGUUGAAAAUGAGUAUGAAUCUGAGUCUGAAUCUGAGAUUGAAGAGCUGGCUGAAGAUGGUGAUGAACCUGAUCAGGGACAAGUUGAUGAACAAGUUGUUGAAGCUACUGUUGAACUUGAUCAGGAACAAGUUCAUGAACUUGAUCAGGAACAAGUUCAUGAACCUGAUCAGGAACAAGUUCAUGGACCUGUUGUUGAGGAACCUGCUGCACAACCCGUUGUUGAAGUUGAACAAAGAGCACAACCAUUGAAGAGGAAAAGGAAAUACUCAGAGAGGAUCACUGAAGUGGCAUUAAGGAGGGUGGUCAUCACCAAGGAUGGAUGUGGUUUAAGUGUGAAUAAACCUGUUACACUGGAAUGA